AGUUGGCUAGCCUGUACGCUUCCUCGAGAGGGCGCGGCGGAGCUACCAUCUUCGUGUAGUUGAUUCGGCUUGGCGCCUUUCCUGUGUGUGUUGGUUGGUUGUUCAUUGAGUAGUGAUUGUGUGUUACACGUUUCAAAAUGGCUGGUGGUAAAGCGGGCAAAGAUUCAGGUAAAGCAAAGGCGAAAGCAGUAUCCAGAUCAGCAAGAGCUGGACUGCAGUUCCCGGUAGGAAGAAUUCACAGGCACUUGAAAAAUAGAACUACAAGUCAUGGACGCGUUGGUGCAACGGCAGCCGUGUACUCUGCAGCUAUCUUGGAAUAUCUCACAGCCGAGGUUCUGGAACUGGCGGGUAACGCUUCUAAGGAUCUCAAGGUGAAGCGCAUCACGCCACGGCACUUGCAACUUGCUAUUCGAGGAGAUGAAGAACUUGACAGUUUGAUCAAAGCAACCAUUGCGGGUGGAGGUGUUAUCCCACAUAUUCACAAAUCUCUCAUUGGGAAAAAAGGUGGCCCCGGAGCACCUGUUUAAUCAUAGGUAUCCAGAAUCUGAUUCAUAUUGCAUUUGAUCCCGGACGUGAAUUCUACAUAUAUUCUUCUGCUGAUCAAGAACAGACAUAGUUUUCUUUUAAAAUAGUGAUGUGGUAUGUGGAAUGACUUCAGCAAAAUGUUGGUCCGGACUAAAUCUAGCUUUUAAGCAUUAGGAAUACUUAGGAAUAAGGAAAUUUAAAUAUGAUUGUAUUAGAAUUAAGUUCAAUUUUCUUGGUUUGUUCAUUUUUAAUUUGCUGUAUUUUGGAUUAUUGGUGACAGAAAAUAAUUAUUUAGGUCACCCAGCUUCAGCGAAGCGAGCGAGCGAAGGUGCAGUGUUUAGCUGCACGAAGCUGGUGAGCACAUAAAUAAUUUUAUUCUCAACUGACUGCGUUUUUUAUUUGUUCAUAAACUCAAAGCUGUUGUAGUUUCUUUUUGCAGCAUUUUGUAUUUUUUUAAGUGACUAAAUAACAAAUGUUGUUCUUAAAUUGUAAUUUGGUAUGAUUGAACUGUUACAAGUUGUAAGAAAAUAUUUUGAUCUUUAAAAUAUAUUGAGGA